UGAAUAAAUAUGUUUAAAAAGGAUUCAUUUAAUGCUAAUUCAUCUGAGUUAAUUUAAAAAGGAUUCAUUUAAUGCUAGUUCAUCUGAGUUAAUUAAAAAUGUAAUACAACGUUAAUUUGAUGAUAAAAGAUUAAAAGUGUGCCUAUGUAAAUUCAUGUCGCUGCCCCUUUAAGGGCCUAGUCGCAGCACCUCAGUGACGCUGCAGGAGCAGAGACCUGUAGGAGAGAGCAGAGGAGAGAUCGGAGCGAGCGAACGGCGAUAAAUUAAUAGAAAAACAAUUGAAAAAGGUUUAUAAAAGUUGAUUUUAGAACCUGUGAAUGAUACCUACCUGAUCGUGAAUUGACGGGGAUACGAUAAGUACUAAACUACACCGGUUUUGGUCAGGUUUUUUUGGACGGUUGGAGAAACGAGUGAUCUGCAGCGUGCAGGCGUGCACAUCCACGUUUCCACGGACAAGAUGGCGAGCUAGACCCGGACUUUCAUCUCAUCUCUCACCGUUCAGUGAGGAAAUCUUGCUUGCUGCCGGAGUGGUAGGAGUGUCGGGAUUUAACUGAACUGGGAACUUAUAUUUUCUUUUUUGAACUGAACUCGGACUGAGACUUUUCCUUGAACUGAACAUAAUUGAACCACAUUUGAGUUGAACUGAUUGAAAGUGUCAUGCUUUUAUUUUGAAUUCUAUGUUCAUGAUUUUGAAUGUGAUCUGAAUUAAUUGUGGUCCAUUUUCAUUUGAUUUUGAGACUGAAGAAACUGAAACUGGAAGAAAUAGAGUUAACUCAUGAUAAAAAUAAAAUAAAAUAGGAGAUCUAAAACAGGUUUAACUUACCUGUUUGAAACUUAUUGGAAGACCGGUCAAAUUUAACAAAAAUAGACUGAUCAAAAAUAGUUCUUAACCUAGCUUGGUUAAAGAAAAUAGAAGAGAGUGAAAUACUUUUUCUACUUACCUCAAUAUUUGAACCUGCAGGGUAAUUUUUUGUUUUGUUUUUGUACUGUGUUUUAUAUGUUUGCAUAUUGUCAGUAAAUUGCCGGCCUCUACAUUUAAAGCUACGGUCUCUGGUGUAAUCAAUUUGCUCCCCACUCCUUAGAGCCUAGAACUAGUCCAGUGGCGCAAUAAGUGGUGUGAUACCGGUGCUACAAAUUUGGCGAGCUAGCCAGGAGUGGUUUAAAGCAUAGACUAGUAACCAGAGACCGUAUAACAUUGUUAUCAGUGAUUCAACAUGGAUGUAAUUCAAAUGAGCAGUGUGAAAAUCCCUAACUCAGUCAUAGUUAGUGGUAUAGCCGGUACAGAAACUGAUGAAGAACUAUAUGACGUCCUGAAACGAUAUGGUUCUAUUCAAAGGAUAAUCCCUGUAGAUUUCGCUGAGCCAGCGUCAGGCAAACAGGUCAUUGUAGAGUAUGUGUAUGGUGCAGCUAUGCAAUCACUCUCACCUUUAUUGCCAUACAGACUUGACAGUAAAACCCAGACAGACAUUACCUACUACAUUAGAGCCUUAGCCAGUGUCUACACACCCGUAGCUAGCAAAACAGCUACACAGACUUACCUGUCAGAGUUAAAGGACAUUGCAAAACAGACUGGUAAAGACUUUGCAGCAGUCCUCAGAGAAGAGCUCUCUGUCAUCAGUGACACUGUCGAUCUGGAUCACCCAGAGACCCAACAUGAAGAUAUGGAACAGAACUCACCUGAUAUCCCAGAGCAACAUGGCCCUGAGGCUGCCGAACAGCUAAGCCCCCUGCCUAGUGCAGCCCCCGAGCAGCAUGUUCAACUUCAUCGGUCUCCACCACCGACACCAUCUAAAGAAAAGACACAGCCUGCUCUGAAACUUUCUGAUGUCAAUCCACCUGACAUACAAAAGGUUAUAGUUGAGCACAUAGUGAGAAAUGAAGACUCUGCCUUGCAAGCGCACUCUUCAUUGAGACUCAGACCCUUCUCUGGGCGUUUCCCCCGUCCCAACAAUGAAGUGGAUUAUGAGACAUGGCGUUCCAAUGUGGAAUUUCUCCUUAAAAGCACAACACAAUCUGAACUAUACAAGUCACGGAAACUGCUUGAAAGUCUCUUAUCACCUGCUGUUGACAUUGUGAAGCACUUGACACCUGAAUCUCCCCUUAAAGUGUACUUGGAGAUCUUGGACUCUGCUUUCGGCACUGUCGAAGAUGGAGAUGACCUUUUCGCAAAGUAUCUUAACACCAUGCAAGAUAAUGGUGAGAAACCCUCAGCUUAUCUUCAACGGCUGCAGGUGAUGCUGAAUACCACCUUCAGGAGGGGAGGUGUAACUGCAAGUGACCUUGAUCGGCAUCUUCUCAGACAGUUUGUCAGAGGCUGCUGGGAUAACAUCUUGAUAGCUGAACUCCAGCUAGAACAAAAGAAACAGAAACCACCUACCUUUGCUGAACUUCUCCUGUUACUCCGCACAGCAGAAGGUCUGAAAUCCAAGACCUAA